AUGAUGAUGAAGAAGAAGAAGAAGGAGAACGAGAACGAGAACGAGAACGAGAAGAUGAAGAUGAAGAUGAAGAUGAAGAAGAAGAAGAAGAAGAAGGAGAAGGAGAAGAAAAACAACAAUAACAGUAGAAGAAGUGUUGUCACCAUCUGGACCGACAGAACCCAGGCCCGGGCUUGUCCUGGUCGAGCCCAGUCUUGUCCGUCCACUCGUGUGGACCAGGUGUUAGGCCUGUCUGGGUCUGUCCGGUCUCCACAUGGAUCCGCUGCUGGGAGAGAAAAACCCGUGACGUCAGCCUGA